CCAAGAAAAUUCAUUCUCUUCUUGCACUUCCAAGAAAAUAUGGAUACAGAAAACCUGGAAGAUGGACUUUUAACAACAAAGCCUAGAGUGAAUUGCAGGGACGUAUCAGAGAGUGAUUCCAAAGCCACACCUAUUGUUAUACUCAGCUGCAUGGUCGCCUACUGUGGCUCAAUAACUGUGGGGUGUUCUUCAGCAUAUUCAUCACCAGCUGAAUCUGGAAUUAUGGAAGACUUGGGUCUCUCUAUUGCAGCUUAUUCAGUUUUCGGUGCAAUGGCAACGGCAGGAGGAAUAGCAGGUUCAUUUGUUAAUGGAAAAUUAGCUGAUGUUAUUGGAAGGAGGGGUACAUUAUGGAUCUCUGAGAUAUUCAGCAUUGCAGGGUGGCUUGCUAUAGCAUUCGCAAAGAAUGCUUGGUGGCUGGACCUUGGAAGACUGUCUCUGGGAAUUGGCAAUGGGCUUCUUUGCUUUGCGGUUCCCGUAUACAUAGCAGAAAUAACCCCUAAGAACUUGAGGGGAGGUUUUUCUAAUGCUAGUCAGUUGAUGGCAUGUUGCGGCCUUUCUCUGAUGUUUCUCAUUGGAAAUGUCAUUACUUGGCGCAUCUUGGCCUUAAUUGGAACUAUUCCAUGUAUACUAGAACUUCUAGGCUUGUUGUUGAUUCCAGAAUCUCCAAGAUGGCUAGCUAAAAUAGGUAAAGAUAAAGAGUUUGAAACUUCUCUACAAUACCUUAGGGGAAGGAAUGCUGAUAUUUCUCAAGAAGCAGCUGAGAUCAGAGAGUAUACAGAAGCCUUCAAACAGCAUUCAAAAGCAAGAUUUAUGGACUUGUUCCAAAGAAGAUAUGCUCAUUCACUUAUUGUUGGAGUUGGGCUGAUGGUACUGGUACAAUUUGGAGGGAACAAUGUCAUUGUUUCUUAUUCAAGCUCUAUAUUCAACAAAGCUGGUUUUUCAACUAGUAUUGGGACUAUAUCAGUUGCUAUCAUCCAGAUUCCAGCCACUGUUGCAAGUGUACUCUUAACGGAUAAAUUAGGAAGACGACCACUUUUAUUGGCAUCUGCUACUGGAAUGUGCUUCAGUUGCUUCCUUUUAGGCUUGUCAUUCUUGUUUCAGAACCUGCACCAGUGGAAGGAGCUCACUCCCAUUUUGGCGUAUAUUGGCAUAGUGGGGUAUUCUGUAGCUUACUCAAUAGGCAUGGGCGGAAUACCAUGGCUCAUUGCCUCAGAGGUAUUUCCCAUUAACGUAAAGGGUUCAGCUAUAAGCCUAGUGUCUUUAGCAAACUGGUCAUGUUCUUGGAUUGUAACAUACAGUUUCAAUUUUAUGAUGGAAUGGAGCUCAGCAGGAACUUUUUUCAUAUACAUGGGCGUUUGCGGUUCAGCUGUUUUAUUUGUUGCAAAGAUAGUUCCAGAAACAAAGGGGCGAGUGCUAGAAGAAAUACAAGUUUCAGUUACCCAUUCUCUACAAUAAGAUGGACUUUCUGUAUAAGGUGUCUAGAAUUUCUGUUUACUCAAGAGGAUUGAUGAGCUCUGCUUAUAUACUGGAGUUGGAGGUGUAUUCAGCCUAUAUGGCUUAGUUAUAGAAGGUUUUGGGGUCAAGGGGCCCCUAGCUAAUGAGGAACAAAGUCCCCUUUUGGCAUUCAGACAACUCAAGUCCACUUGCUUUGAUAGCAUGAUAAAUUACUAAUUAUUCCAAAAGUUUAAUCUAUUAAGAAAUGAUAAAUUUAAUCAAUUAAUUAAUAUUUUAACA